UGUGUGUGUGUGUGUGUGUGUGUGUGUGGCGGGGGUGCAGGAGGGAGCAGCUGAAGCAGCGACACACAAGGCAACGACUUCCCGGCUCGACUGGCUGCUGCUCUGAGCAAAAUGCGAAGUUUGUUCUCAGUGACGCUGCUGCUGCUGCUGCUGCUGCUGACGCUCACCAGCGAGGCCAACAGACGACCCAAGAACCACAAAGGUGGUAAACAUGAUAAAACCCGGCCGGCCUCAGAGUGCUCCUCUGCAGACACUCAAUACGGCAAAUGUGUCCCUGAACAUGGAGACUGUGGAGAUGGACUGAGAGAAGCCACCUGCAAAGAUCACACCGACAAGAUUCACUGCAAAAUCCCCUGCAAUUGGAAGAAGGACAUCAGUGACUGUAAGUAUAAAUUUGGCCCGUGGGGAUCCUGCGAUGCCAACACUAAGAGCCGGUCAGGAACUCUGAAGCGAGCGCUGUUCAACGCUGACUGUCAAACCACCGUGAUGGUGUCUAAACCCUGCUCCCCCAAAGUGAAGAAGACCCGAGGGGAGAAGAAGUCAAACUAAAGGACAGAAGAAGAAGACGGCACGCUGAACACUCGUCUUCCCUCCUUCAUCAAACACCAACCCGGAGACUCAACAUACAACCUUUGAUUUGUAUUCUGAUUUGAUGUUCUUGUGUUUAUUUGGAUUGAAGUGUGGGAAGCUUUUCCCAGAAUCCUCCACUAGAUAAUAAUGAUAAUAAUUAUGUCCUUGUAGCUCAUAGUUUGUUUUGACAGUAAAUUUAGUCCUAAAAGCUUUUUAUAGUAUGUGAAGAGUUACAAAGGCUUGGAUGAAUCUGUAAUGGCAAAAUCCUCCAUAAAAUCUAUUUUUUGAACUAUAGAUUAUUGAAGUUGCAAGAUAAGACUUGUAUAAAUGAACAAAAUAAAGACUGUACAUUGUUUUGGUGAA